AUGAAUCGUCUUGUUAGUCGUACCGUUACUCGUAGUCUCUUCAACAACCAAUCAUCUUUGGUUUCAAAUCGUUCAUACUCCACCGAGGUUUCUCAACAUGAGAUUGAUAACGAACCAAGAUUUUUGGAAUGUUUCAAGACUUUCUUUGACAAGGCAGCUGGUCUCACCAAUUUGAAGCCAGGUGUCAUCAAUAACAUGAAGGAGUGCAAUGUUGCUUUGCGUGUUGAAUUCCCAAUCAAGAAUGAACACGGAGAUGUCGAUAUCAUUGCAGGUUACCGUGCUCAACACAGUCACCAUCGUUUGCCAUGCAAGGGUGGUAUCCGUUAUUCCAACGAGGUCGAUUUGCAAGAGGUUAUGGCUUUGGCUUCAUUGAUGACCUACAAGUGUGCCGUCGUCGACGUUCCAUUCGGAGGUGCCAAGGGAGGUGUCCGUAUCGACCCAAAGAAAUACACAGUUGCACAACGUGAGAAGAUCACUCGUGCCUACACCUUGUUGCUCUGUCAAAAGAACUUCAUUGGUCCAGGUGUCGAUGUACCAGCCCCAGAUAUGGGUACCGGUGAACAAGAGAUGGCUUGGAUUCGUGACACCUACCAAGCUUUCAACACCAACGACGUCGAUUCAAUGGCCUGUGUCACUGGUAAGCCAAUCAGCUCCGGUGGUAUCCGUGGUCGUACCGAAGCCACCGGUCUCGGUGUGUUCUACGGUAUCCGUGAGUUCCUUUCCUACGAGGAAGUCCUCCAAAAGACUGGAUUGACUCCAGGUAUCAAGGGUAAGAAGAUCAUCAUCCAAGGUUUCGGUAAUGUCGGUUACUGGGCCGGUAAGUUCUUUGAGCAAGCUGGUGCCAAGAUUAUCGCCGUCGCUGAGCACAACGGUGCCGUCUACAACCCAGACGGUUUGAACGUUGAUGCCCUCAACAAGUACAAGUUGCAACACGGUACCUUCAUCGACUUCCCAGGUGCCACCAACAUUGUCGACUCACACAAAGCCCUCGAAAUCCCAUGUGACAUCUUGAUUCCAGCUGCCCUCGAGAAGCAAAUCCACAUCGGUAACUGCCACAACAUCCAAGCCAAGAUCAUCGGUGAGGCUGCCAACGGUCCAAUGACCCCACGUGCCGACGAAUACUUGAUCAACCGUGGACAUGUCAUCAUCCCAGAUCUCUUGUUGAACGCUGGUGGUGUCACUGUUUCCUAUUUCGAGUGGUUGAAGAACUUGAGUCACGUCCGUUUCGGUCGUCUCAACAAGAAGUGGGAGGAAUCCUCAAAGAAAUUGUUGUUGGAAUUCGUCGAAUCCACCGUCAACAAGAAGCUCGGUGAUGCCGAACGUAACUUGAUCAUCCACGGUGCCGAUGAAAUCGACAUUGUCCGUUCAGGUCUCGAUGACACCAUGACCAACGCAUGUGCUGAAACCAGAAAGACCGCCAUCGAAAAGAACACUGACUACCGUACCGCCGCCCUCUACAAUGCCAUCAUGAAGAUCAAGGCUGUCUACGAAUCAUCUGGAAACCUUUUCUCUUAA